AUGGCGACUCCUCGCUGCCUGCCGGAAGGAGACCGCGGGUUCCGCUUCCGGAGGAAGGGCCGCCGCUGCCCUCGCCGCUCCUCUCCGCCAGAGGGACCCUCGAGAGGCUCCGCGCUGACGCUCGUCGCUGCCCUCCUCGGCGGGAUCAUGCAGCGGCUCCCGUUCUGGGAAGAAGAGGAGGAGGAGGAGGAGGACGUGAAGGAAAGAAUCGCCGCCUAUGUCCGGCACUGGGAGCGGGAGCGGCGGGGCGAGCGGUGCCCCUAUUUGAAUCAAGAGCCCUGCUGGUAUUGUGUGAUUAACUCCGCCGGGUACGAGACCUGGGAAGACAGCAGUGAGGACGCAGAAGAGAGCAGUGACAAUGAUGACGUUCCACAUAAUCGUUACACCACGUUCUGUGGUUUUCGGAGGGCCUUUCUUUGCCCGCCUUCUGCCUCUCUCCCUCCCCGAAGCAGCAAUCUGGACGUUGCUGUUUUGGGCUUGGCUUUGCCCCAGAAACAGCAACUUACAGCUGAGGAGGCUGAGCGGAAUGCGGAAUUGCUAGUCGCUGAGGAGGAACGCCUCAAGAAGAAGGCGGAGAAGAGAAGGAUGAAGAAGAAGAGGCAGAAGGACCGGAAGAGGCAGGAGAGGCGGGGCCUGGAGCUGAAGGCAAAGAGUGAGGCAGUGAGUGAAUCGCCUGGCUCUGGACAAAAUGAGGGAACUUUGGCCUUGGAUGGCGGCCCCCCCGACUCACAGGAGAGUUUCAGUGAAGCCUCCCCAGGCAGGAGCCCCAGCAGGCAUUUGGUGGAGGAGGAGGAGGAGGAGGAGGAGGCAGAGGAGGAGCUGGAUUUCUCCAGCACUUUUGUCUCCAAAGCUCGCCGCAAGGUAGACGCCCAGUCCCUGCUCCCAAGGAAGGAGAGAGGAGGGAAAAAGCCCCCGGAGAGGAAGGCAGACACGAAGCAAAAGGCAGAGAAGCCCGAGCUCCAGUUGACCUCUGUGGAGCAGAGCAUGGUGCUGGCAGAUUGUGGAAAUGAAACCGCAAAGCAGGAGCGCUAUCACGAGGCCGUUCUCCUCUUUACCGAAGCUAUUAAGCUGAACCCCCAGGAGUACAGGUUCUUUGGGAACCGCUCCUUCUGCUACGAGAGGCUGCAGAGCCACACGGAGGCCCUGCGGGAUGCGCAGCACGCACUCAGCCUGCAGCCGGGCUGGCCCAGAGGCCUCUUUCGCCAGGGCAAGGCUCUCUUGGGCCUCAAGCGAUACCCGGAUGCAGCAAGGAUGUUCCAGCAACUCCUCCAGUUCGAUGGCUUCCGUGGCGAUGCAGCCAUCCAGCUUCAGAAGUGCCGGAUCCAGCAUUUACUGGAGAGCCGGCUAGGCUGCUCCCGCCACGACCGGGACGUCCUGCCUGCGGAAGCGCAGCUGCCUCUGUCUGGAAAGCAGCCAGCAAGGCAGUGGUGCCCAGACAGCAGUGCCCAGGCCAUUGCCACCACCCGGCUGGCACCUCCAGCUGCAAAGGCCCCAGUCAGGGAGUGGUUCGCUGUCUGGGUGGGAAACCUGGCACCCAGGAUCACCCAGCAAGUUCUGCUUCGCUAUUUUCAGCCGUUUGGACCCAUCGACUCCAUCCGGUGCCUCCCUCACAAGUCCUGUGCCUUCGUCAACUAUAGCCGUAAAGAGGCCGCCGAAGCCGCCUACGCGGCCCUGCAGGGGGCCGAAGUGGAAGGAUGCAAGCUCCUCCUGCAGCUGAAGCACCCGGCACACGCCACCGCGGCCCCCUCCAAGGCAGCCCCCCGCCACUGCCUCUCCUCCUGGGCGUGA